AUGGAGGGAAAAGGAUGUUCCUCAGGGAUUGGGGCAGAAAACCGGGAUGGGCAACUGAAGUUACUUCCCCGUGUGGUGAUGCCUGAGACGAAGGCUUCCCCACUGGAAGAAGCCGUGCCCCUGAUGGUGGGCAGAGAGGAGGAUUCCACACAGGACCGGGACACUACCAAUAAUCCUGAGGUCCUUCAGCAGUACGAGGCCCAGCAGAGGUUCAGACGCUUCCGUUACAAGGAUGCUACUGGGCCCCGGCAGCUGCUCCAACAUCUCCGAGAGCUCUCCCGAAGGUGGCUGGACCCAGAGGUCCACACAAAGGAGCAGAUAAUGGAAUUGCUAGUGCAGGAACAGUUCCGGGCCAUUUCGCCUGAGGCACUCCAACCUCCAACCCAGAGGUAG